AUGAUAAAAUUAAACUGUGUUCACCUCGACAGGUUUAUGGACGACUUCUCUCUGCUAGAACAGAAAAUUGCAGAGGUUAAUGGCAAAAAUAACAUGUUUGAGAUCAUGCUGGAGGAUGCCAGUAGACAAAUGAAAUUCUAUCAGACCAAAGAGAAAAGUCUGAUUGAGGAAAGAGACAGUCUCCUCGUCACAGUGAACCGGCUGCAGCAGACUCUACAGGAGCAGUGCAACCUCAGAGUGGAGAAUGAGAGACUGAAGAGUGAAAUGGCAAGCCUGAAACAACACAAUGAGAGAGCAGCUGAGGAUGGAAAAGCUGAGCUUCAGCGGCUCAUCGGUGAAAUGAGAGCAGAAGGAGAGAGACACCAGAGGGAGCUAGAGACCGUGAGGCAGCAGAGCAGGAGAGAGGCAGAGGACGCCCACAGAGAGGGGCUCCACCAGUCGGACGUUAAAGAUGCUGAAGUAAAGACUCUUUUGGAGAAAAAGGAUCUGGAUCUGGGGGAAUUGAAGAAGAGGCUGAAGGGUCAGGAGAGGGAGAGGCAGAGCGAGCUCCUCAAGUUACAGAUGGAGUUUGGUGCGAAGUUAGCCAGAGUUCAGAGUACAGCUCAGUGGAGCCAGCAGCAGCAGCAGCAGCAGCAGCAGCAUGGCUCCAACCUGCUUCCUCAGAGCGUCUUCAAGAGGAAGCUGCAGUUCUUCCAGGAGGAGAAAAACAAAGAGAUUGCGGUUCUGCGUCAGAGAAUCAAAGAGUUGGAAGAGAACAGCCGGCUGAAGAAGAGGAAGGUCUAGGUGUUCAGAAGCUCCACAGGUGCAUGAGUCUCCUUCAGAGGACUAAAGCCAUUUCCAUAUUUGUAUAUAUCAGUUUCAUUUACAAGAAAACCAGUUCCUGUAGAGAUGUUGACGUACUUUACAUACUGCUUGUUUGAUCUUUAAUGCUAGACUCUGCAGGUGACGGC